CAUUAAUUAUCUUGUGGUGUCUGAUGUUGGCUUUACAUAUCCCAUUUCCGAUAGCACAGGAAGGCAGCACAACCGACGGCAGUAACAGUUACGGCUUGAGACGUUAGCUUUAGCUGACAAGCAACAAACAGCAGCGGUGUCGUCCAAAGAAAUUUCAUCUCACAAUGUCAGCCCUUGGUCCAGAAGGCUCUGGCGCAGCGCCAGGCAACAAGCGCCUGCAGCAGACCCAGGCUCAGGUGGAUGAGGUGGUGGAUAUUAUGCGUGUUAAUGUGGACAAAGUGCUGGAGCGUGACCAAAAGCUGUCUGAACUGGACGACAGGGCAGAUGCACUGCAGGCUGGAGCCUCCCAAUUUGAGACCAGUGCCGCUAAGCUCAAAAGGAAGUACUGGUGGAAGAACUGCAAGAUGUGGGCCAUCCUGAUAGCUGUCUUAUUGAUCAUCGUCAUCAUCAUUAUUAUUUGGGCUCGGUCGUAAAACCGCCACAGGGGAAGGAGGAGUGGCAGAAACAAUGAAGAAGAGGAGAGGAGCAACGUGUAUAAUUAUUUUCUCCGAGGAAGAGGUUACAUGGUUACUGGCUACUGAGCUCCACAACAUUUUUCCCCUCCCAUAGGGGGUCUUCAUUCCUUGUCCUGGAUUGCCCUUUGAGUGUGUGUGUGAAUGUGAGUGUGGGUGUGUGUGUGGGUGUAUUUGUACAUUUGCCUUAGUAAAGGAUUGCCAUAAUACCAGAGUUUUACCCAGCAGUACCACACCAUACUAGACCUCACUAAACUUUAGAGUGCCAUGCCAUAUGCCAAAGAAAAGAGAAACACACCUACAGAAACAGGCUGAUAAUUAAACUCAAACUCAACUAAAACCUAUAAAAAAACAAAAUAUAAAUGAAUCACCUUGACAGUAUAACAAAGCACACACACACACACACACAUUCCAACCUCAGGACUAGAAGUGAAGGAUACUGUUGUAAACUCUCCUCAACUUAUAUUUACUUUUUUAUGUUUUACUGUAUUAAUAGCCAUUGAUUGUGUGCUAGGCUAAGAUAAGUGCCUUUGAUGAUAUGCUGUUGUGUGUUAGUUUAGAUUGUAACAGUGAUCCUGCAUAUCAUGGAAGAGAGACCCUUUUGCAACUUAUACACAUUUCUACUUUUCGGAGUGUAAUGCCAAUAUUUAGAUUUUUCUCCUCAUUUAAAAAAAAAAAUCUUGAUUUGAUGUUAUGCGAAUUACAGUUACAGUUUAUUGAUGAAUAGUGGGAUUCAAUGCCUUAUUUUAUUUAUGCACACAAUUAAGUUCUCUGUAUAACACCUUAAAUUUAGGAUCAGAUUUAGAGGAAUUUCUUUGGUCACCCAACAACAAAAGACUAACCUGUAACAUGCUAUUGAACCAUCUGAUACUACCUGUCUUUGUCCAUCAGCCUUUGAGGUAGGACUUAGUGUAAAGUAUAAGCUAGUAUGAGCUUGUAUUUAGGUAAGUGCCUAUUCGUGUAUUCAUAGUGAAGACCAACAACCUCACAGCCUGACAAUGGCUAGAGAAACUGCCACAAAGUGUAAAAAACAGAACAAAAGUUCUACACUGGGUCUAUAAAUGUGGGAUUGUCUCAAUCAGCUGCUCCCUAGGAUGUGCCAUAAAGUUUGCAUCUGUAAAAUAUUCAAGCACAACAGUAAGAAUAUGAGACUUUAGACAGAUGCCUUAAUCGGUUUCUCCAAUGGAGAACAGCCAACAACACAGCCAUACCUUAUUGACCAUAUUUACCAGCCAGUUAAAGAGUAGUGCCUUCUGACUGUCCUAUCAAAUACAGUGCUGCUUGCAUCAAUCAGCUGAGCUUAUUAACCUUUAAUAAGUCUUCUGUUGUUUCACACUGGCAUUUAUCCCAUCUGUUCAAUGUAAAAUACUCCUCACGUGUGAUAUUUUAGUUUUAUUAUCCUUCUAACAAUAGCCUUUUUUGGUGCAAUCUAUUAUAUGUAGGACUAAUCUUGGUGCUCAGCUCAAUGGUGCUGAGCAUCAUGGGUGUUUGAGUGUGGAUAAAAAAACUUUGUUGGGCAACACCAACACAGAGUGAUUGCUUUCCCUGCUGUUGCUUCCAUCUUUAUUAAAGGAAACCUGUUUUAAUCAGACAAUUUGGGAUUAUUUUGUACAUCAGUUUAGUUCUGUCUGACAUUUCAUCCAAGCAGAACUGUUGAUGUGUUUUUCAGUAGUUUUAAGACAUCUAAUUAAUCUCUUAAUUGGCAGUUACAUAUAUAUAAUUGACCAUACUAUAGUAAUUAAAAUGAACACUAACACAGGUAUGUGCUCUUUAGACAUUUUUUAGUGUAUAGAUGUAGCUCUCAAGGAAAUAGUGUAAUAUUUGCAAAAGCCACAGAAAAUUGUUUUAGAUGCUAGCCAUUGAUCAUAGAUGUAUUGAAACGUCAACAUCUCCUGUCAACAACAGAAAUCUGAGGCCAAGUUACUUCCAAAUAAGUGCAAUUCUACUCUUUGGCCCUAAAUGCCUUUUGCUUGAAUAAAACAGAUUUAACUUAAAUGACAA